UCACUUAUAGCUCGUAUUUCAGAGGGAAAUACCAAGAGUCAGUAGUGCGUACACAAGCGUUUCGAGAGCAACAAAUUUCAGGAGAUAUGGAGUUACAAUGGCAUGCUUUUCACAUUCUGUUCGUAGUUUUUACGGCAAAAGUGUUGUCUGAUGAGGUCUUGCCGACGGGCACGGCUUUCUUUGGUCUGCAAGGGGACAGCAACCUCGGCCACAGCGGAUAUGUUCACGUAUCCACCGACGAGGUGAAUCCCAUCUUUGAAUUAUCGAGCUGUCAAGCCCUAGACAUCAACGAGUCCACCUGUCACUUUGCACACAAGCACCCAAAACCUGAGAAUAAUUUAAUGGUAAUGCGUUCAUGGGUUGCCGUAACAAUCAGAGACAAUAUUCUCGGGCUGUUAGGAUACCUGUUGCACCAGCCUAAUGAUGAUGUCUUUCCGGAGGACACGUACACAAGCCUGAAAAUCGUCUACGAGGAAAUCCUUAAGAACAACAUCAGAACGAUGGAUAUUCUCCCACGUCUGAGGAGCAUCGCCAAGGGUAAUCCAGUCAGUCAAGUCAUCGAUCUAUUCAAGACCCUCCAGAAUGUGCUGCCCGCAUUCUGUAAAUCUGCGAUUGAUGAAAUCGUCCGAACAUUCACCAAACACAGAACCGCUCUGAAGACCAUCAUCGCUGAAACGAGUGAUAAGGGGAUCGACGUGUUCGCAGAUAUCGGCCUUCAGAUGAUUCCAUACCUCAAUUUGAAAGACACCAAACAAUCGUACGAAAAAUCAAGUCACUCCGAAAUGGGGAAGGAAUUCACAAACUUCAUCUCCGCGAUUCAAGAGAGUAAAAUUAUUCUGACUCAGCCAGUACUCGCUUCGCUGAUGCUCAAUAUGAGAUUCAGUCAAUUGUCACCUGGGGACAGAGAGGACUUUCGCUUUUUGACGGAUGUUUUACGGGACAGUAAAAUUCCAGAUUGGUCGCCGAGUCUCAUUGGUGCUGUCAACGUCAAAUGUCCCUACGCAUUAGUUCAAAUGAUGAUGAAAGCCAUCGCCAAUCGUUCGCAGAUUGAUCCAAUCGUCAAGGAAAUUGCAGGAAGACUCCACAAUCAGUUGCAAAAAGUAUCAAAAUCUCAUCGCUCGAGGCUCAUGGAUCCCUACUUCGGUAAAUCUGAAUUAAAUAUUCCUCUCUUACUGAACGUUCUCGAGGAGGAAGCGAAGAUCCCAGAGGUGCAAACUUUUAAGCAGAUGAUUAAUGAUCACAGCUUGAGCCUCUCUUAUGCGCUUAAAGGUUUCGUCCGGUACUUUUAUCCCACCCCGAGAGACUUAGUCUUCGCAUUUACGAGGAGAAUUCAGGAUCGAGUGCCCAUGAAUAACGAAACAUGGAGCACAGUCUCGAAAAUAGUAACCGCCCUCAAUGAGUCAAUCGAGAAAACCUCCGUAGCGAUGAGCAUUAAUGAACAAAAUGAGACAAGGUCUAAAAGAAGCAUUGCACAAGAUUGUAUCUGUGAUUUUCUAACGUCUUCACACCUGACUGAGAAUCCAACAUUCUACGCUGAUAGACAAUGCAUCCAUGGCCCCAAAUGUUUUAGUAAGAUCUUCGACAAGAUAGCCAACUCCUUCCACUCAUCCCUCUUCACUCAGUUGCACAGCGUGAAAGCAUCUUGCCCAGAAGAACCAGCCAAGAUAUCCUUGUCCGCUUGGUUAGAAACUCUGAACAAAUCAGUGGCCAAUCCUAACAUAACCCUCCUUCUCGAGAACAUCAGUACCAUAUUAACUAUUUUUAUUCAAAACAAUGAGAUCAAAGCUAUCAUCGAUGGCAUCAUAAAUCAAAAUCCUGCCCACGGUAACCGCACAGUAUUGAACAGUUCUGCAGUGCUAGAAGAUAGUAUUAUGAAUGAAAUGACGAAUUCCACGGCAACCUCGAUCGAAACCAAUAAAGAUUUACUGUCUAGGGUUCUGAAGAAUAUGUUAAAUAUCAAGAAAGUUCGAGCCAGACCAUUUGUAUUCUACGAAGUCAUAAGGGUCUAUUGUAUAUUGAUUCAUGUACCCAUCGAACGGUUGACGCCGUCCUUUUUGGACAAGCUUCACCUCGACGAGCCACCAAUGAGGAACAUCACAGAUAUAUUCGUGGAAGGUGUCAGUGAUCUCAUGAAGGGGAUCAUCCAGAAUUUGACAGCUAAUGUGAAGGAAUCAUCCCUCAACUUGAAAGACUACAAAACAAACCGUCAAUACCUGGAAGAUCUCCUGCGAAAGACUUUACUCCUGGAGACUGUCCAGCAGGACAGCCAAGUGUUCAACGAAGUUGUGCAGCUGUUGAGGCCCAUCCAAGAUCUUCCGAUAAGGUUGUUCCCUCUUAUAGGCAUGUCGUAUGUGCCUUUAGCUUGGCGUUACUUGGAGAAACCAGGAAUUCUGCAGAAAUUAGGAGAGGACUUUGAUAUGGGCCGCUUCCCAACACGAGGUCGCUUCCUCCGAGCAAUCCUCGAGAAGUCGUUAACAACAUUGUUCGUUAGAGGCAAUGAAACCCUGUCAAGAGCGAUUAAGGAGCAGAUAUCUCUGGUACUUUGCACUGAUGCGGGAGCGGAACCGGUGCGGGAAAUCCUUGAAGGGAUUACAACGGAUCAAGUGAAUGUAUACAAAAUUAUUCAGUACGGAUUGGAUAGACAGAAAUUAACGGCCGAUGUUCAAGAGGCCUAUGCUAACAUGUGGAACUGGUACGGUGGAUCCUUUCAGCCCUUGACACAUGUUAAACUAAUGAAUAUCAGCUUGUACAACACAAGAUCCGACUUUCUGACUGGCUUUUUGGAUAAAGUCGAGGCGGAGGUCGGGCGAGAUUUCAACGGAAUGAAAAGAGACAUUGAACUAAUGAGGUCGGCUAUACUGCUGACUGGGACUGGGGCAGAACCAGUCGACUAUCUAUGAUUGACGUGGGAUUUUACGAAAUAGUGUAGGGAAUAUAACAGCUUAUGCUACUAAACUAGACUAUUUUACAUAUGUAUGGAUAAUAAAUGGUACUGUAAAAGGUUUCCUAAAGUUA